CCUAUAUCUAUGGCUGGAGGAAACUGGACAAGAGUUAGUGAGUUUAUCCUCAUGAGCUUCUCCUCCCUACCUACUGAAAUGCAGUCACUACUCUUCUUGACAUUCUUAAUCAUCUACUUGGUCACCCUGCUGGGAAACAGCCUCAUCAUUCUGGUUACCUUGGCUGACCCCAUGCUGCACAGUCCCAUGUACUUCUUCCUCAGGAACUUGGCCUUCUUGGAGAUUGGCUUCAACCUAGUCAUUGUGCCCAAGAUGCUGGGGACCCUGAUUGCCCAGGACACAACCAUCUCCUUCCUCGGCUGUGCCACUCAGAUGUAUUUCUUCUUCUUCUUUGGGGUUUCUGAAUGUUUCCUCCUGGCCGCCAUGGCAUAUGACCGCUAUGUAGCCAUCUGCAGUCCCUUGCACUACCCAGUCAUCAUGAACCUGAGGACACGGGCCAAACUGGCUGUUGCCUCCUGGUUUCCAGGCAUUGCCAUGGCUACUGUGCAGACCACAUGGCUCUUCAGCUUUCCAUUCUGUGGCACCAACAAGGUGAACCACUUCUUCUGUGACAGCCCACCUGUGCUGAGGCUGGUCUGUGCAGACACAGCCCUCUUUGAGAUCUAUGCCAUCGUUGGAACCAUUCUGGUUGUCAUGGUACCCUGUUUGCUGAUCCUGUGUUCCUACACUCACAUCACUGCUGCCAUCCUCAAGAUUCCAUCAGCUAGAGGGAAGCACAAAGCCUUCUCUACCUGUUCCUCUCACCUCCUUGUUGUUUCCCUUUUCUAUGUAUCAUCAAGCCUAACCUAUUUCCGUCCUAAGUCCAAUAAUUCUCCUGAGAGCAAAAAAGUGCUGUCACUGUGCUACACUGUUGUAACUCCCAUGUUGAACCCCAUCAUCUACAGCCUGAGAAAUAAUGAGGUGAAGAAUGCCCUUGGCCGAACCUUCCACAAGGCUUUAGGUGUCAGAAACUGCAAUCUGCAGACCUUUUGA